CCCCGGCGGGCGGAGGCCGGCUAACCCUGCCAGAAGGAUGCUGGAGAGCGGCUGUAAGGCGGUGAAGGAGGGCAUGCUGGAGAAGAGGAGCGACGGGCUGCUGCAGCUCUGGAAGAAGAAGCGCUGUAUCCUCACCGAGGAGGGGCUGCUCCUCAUCCCCCCCAAGCAUCCCCCGCCGCCACAGCAGCAGCAGCAGCAGCAACCGGCCGAGCCGGCGGCCAAGAUCAAGGAGCUUCACUUCUCCAACAUGAAGACGGUGGACUGCGUGGAGCGGAAGGGCAAGUACGUGUACUUCACGGUGGUGAUGGCCGAGGGGAAGGAGAUCGACUUUCGGUGCGCGCAGGAGCAGGGCUGGAACGCGGCGAUCACGCUGCAGAUGGUGCAGUACAAGAACCGCCAGGCCAUCCUGGCCGUGCGCUCCACCCGGCAGAAGCAGCAGCACCUGGCGGCCCCGCACGGGCCGCGCCUCCGCGGCGCCUCCAACUCCGCCUAGGCAGGCUACGGGCACGGAGCGCUUCGGAGAGGAGGCACAGAGCGCGCUCGCGGCGGAGCUGCACCAGGGCUCAGAAACCGGGCGAACGCCCGAGCUGCAGGUACACCGGAGAGAAGCGGCUCGAUAGCCCGAACCUCAGCCAGCUGCUGCUGCUGCUGCUGCUUCGCCGCCCUCGGUGCCGAGAAGCAUUUCAAAUCCAUUAUUUAUGAACCUUGGAAAGGAUCCUUUGGUGCGAUGGGACUUCUAGGAGACAUGAUGUACUGUAACUUUAUUUUAAUGUAUUUUAUUUUAUUUAUUAGGGUUGAUUUCUUUUGGUUUUGUUUUCCUUUAUAUUUUUUUAAGGCUUAUUUGCAAGACAUUUCUGAAUGUAGGCCAUAGCAAAAAAAGUAAAGGAGAAGACAAUAUGCAUGUUAGCUCCCUGAAAGAAUGGAAGAGUUCUGGGUACUUCGACUGUGUGCAGUUUGACAAAAAAGUUAUUAAUUUUUUACCCAAAAUACACUAUAUUCCACCAGCAUGGAAAAUGUGAUAUGUGUUUCAAAAUUUGGCUGAAACCCAUACAGCAUACGAAACCUAUUUUCUCUAAUGAGAGGAACAAUUAUAAUCUGGGGCUUAAAUGAUUUUUUUUUUUAAAUAUUAAACGUGGUGGAAGAUGAUAAAAAGUUAUUCAUGCUUGGCUAUUCAAAAAAGCAAUGUUGCUUGUCAUUCUGAGAUUAAAACCAAUCUGUUUAGUGUAUGAGCGGAAAGAAUCUGACCAACUUCUUUUGUGCUACAGGAGUCUGAGUUGGGUUCCAGCUGUCUGUGUGGUGUGCUUGCUCCUAGGCUGGUGGGCCGGAGCAGGGAAGUGUUCAUGAACAUUUCUUAGUGUCCAAGUUCAGGGCUCCCUCUGCACACUCAGUUUUUAAGGGAUCUGGACUCUCAAGCUGUGUUGCAUUUUCGUGGCAGUUUUUUAGUGUCUUGCAUUAAAGCAGUCCAUAGUUUAAUGUAAGUUUCAGUGUGCAAAUGGAUUAUUUUGGUCACAGUUUUCACAAGCUGAAAGUUGCUCUCUAGCUGAGAUGAACUAGAUUAAUUUUGGUGUUCAGCACUGUCAGAUGUUGAGAGAGGCGUGCCAUCUUGCCUCUAAAAACAUUGAUGAAGCCAUGAAGUUGGAAAACAAAGGGCUAACUGCACAGCUGGUGUGUGUUUCGCUGCCUCUUAAAAGUCGGUGGGAGUUUGGCUGUCGAUGCUGGUGGGAGUGGGUCGGAGCUCCGUGGCCAGUGCAGAGGAGGGAGUCGGGUGUGGGCAGCGAGCUUUCGAGGACAGGGCCCUUCUGACGAUGGGUGGCUUCACAUUGGGUGCUGCUACCACCCAGCUUCUCUGGUUUGGAUGAAAUGGGCAGGCUGCAAGCGGGACAGAGCAAUGAGACCCAUUAUCUCUGUUCCAAGGUAAAAUGUCAAAGCCAUGGAGAUAUUUAUUUUAGCUAGUGUGGUGAGGAAAAUGGCUUUUGGCCCCUUUACAAUUUACACUAAUAUAGACAAAGUCUUUUAAAGCUACACAUCCAAGGCUUUUCUUUUUGUGUAAAUGAGGUGUAACUUGACAGCAAGAGCCUUACAUUCUUGAUGCAAGCUUAUUUCUGCAAGUGUUUAAAAGAAAGUUGGAGUGAUACUCACAGGAAGAUUCUAGAAUUCGCUGCUGUGUACAUUGGUCCCUUCCUCUGCACUCUGUGAGGAGUCAGUUGAGGUCUGUGUUAGCCCUUGUCUUUUGUUCCUUCCCCCAGGUGUCAGGGUCACAUACCUAGACAAGCAAGACAUGUCAUGGUGCAGAAUCAAAGCCCUGAGCGCUUCUCUUUGACCUGGCCCUUGGCAAGGCUGUGUGAUGAACCUGAGGUGGUAGAUGACAGCUGUCCUAACAAAGUCGUUAUUUUGCCAUUAAUUGAAAUCGAAGGUGCCCCACAUCUUUGAGGAUUAGGUUCGUUGGCUUGGCAAUCAUAAUUCUCAAUUUCCACGUCUCUGUACAUCUGCCAUUGUCAUUCUGCUAACGCUUGGAUGUUAGAGCUGCGAGGGGAUUCUCUAAUGAGCUAGUCAAAGACUUACAAAAUAGACUGUAAUUUGUAAUUUGGCUCUUCUCUUUAGAGUGAUUAAGUACAGGUUACUGAGAAACUAAUCCACCUUUUCAGGUAUACAGAUGUAUUGCUGAUCUCACCUACUAAAAUGUAUUUUAGCCUACUGAAGGAUAAAUGUAACUGAUGAGAAUGAAUUCCUAUUCAAUCAGAGACACGUGUAUUUCUCUGAGAGAGGCAGUUGUUCUUGUCUUCAGUGGAUGCAAACCUCAAUGCCACAAGUCUAUGGAUGUAAUCUAAAGCUGAAUUUUACUGUUCUUCUGGAAGUACUUGUACUUGAAAGCUAAAGAUGAUCAUUUUAGUGAGAAAAUUGACAUGAAGGUAUGGGAAAAUGACUCUCAUUUUGAAUUUGCUGUUCUUUUUCACUGGUUCAAGGUCAAUACCCCACUUUUAUGUUUCUUGUUUUAUGUUGGUCUGAAGGAUGAUCUGAAAACCUUUUGGACUAAUGUAAUUUAACGAACUAUUGUUGUGUGUCAUUGCCUGCCGUGUUACCUGUUUAAAAACUUUGGUGUCAGCCAGCCUCCUAGUGUGGGAGGUGAUCACAUCCCAAAAUCUACCUUGAUACCUCCAGCCUGAGUGGGUGGGAUGGGUGUAAGGAUCAAAGUCGUGUCUCCCAGCUGUCUCCUGGAAACUGAAUGGGAACAAACUGGCUGGGGUCCCCUGGGGACAGUUGGACCGUGUGGCUCCCGCACCGUCAGUAUAAAUAAGGCUAAAUUGUCUGAUGGGGACAGUCUGACAACUUUCUCACGCCCUGAAUUCCACAGCGUGUGGGGUUUUUUGGGUUUUGGGGGUUUUUUGUUUGGGCUUUUUUUGUUUCUUGUUUUUUGGUUUUUUUCCCUUGACUGAUAGUAAUUUUAGACCAAGGAAUUGUUUGAUGUUAUAAAGGGUACUUCUGGGGUUUUUUUUCAUCUUGCCCCUCUAUUACUGCAUAGUCUUCAUUUGAAUGUCUGGAUUUAAUAAUAUCUAUUACUGCCUUGUAAGCAAUGGCUAUGAAAAUAGGUUUAGCACAUAAUUCUCCAUCUUAUUGGAGCUUUGCAAGUAAAUAAAUCAAGUUAUCCUUCCUCUUCCAGAAAAGAAAAGUCUGACAGCACAUGGCUGAAGUAAAUUCAUUAGAGAAUAAACAAAAAUGCUGGUAAAACACAUACAGGCAAAUGUUUGGUAUAGUUAGCAAAAGUGGGGACAGUCUGUUCAUAAAGAGGUCAAAAUUGCUUGUUGUAAUUUUAAAAAGUAAUCAAGGGACAGAUUCAGCAGGCUGUGGUGACCAAGACAAUUUAGGAACUGGGGGGGAAAGGAAGAUCAGGUGGAUGUUCUUUCUGUGACAUCCUGAAGUAAUUCCUCUUUUUUAAGGUUCAUGAUUUUCAAAUGCCAACUUCUGAAUUAUGGCUGCAGUGAUGUACGAAAUGUUUUCUAGCAUAUCCUCUCAUGAGCAGAAACACCAGUGUCGUCAAAAAAAAUUAUGUGUAAAUAUGACUCAUAAAUGAUUUCUGAGAGAUGUGGUUUAUUUUUCAUA